AUGAAGACUUCGGUUUCCCUCAUCCUGCUUUCGGGGGCCCUCAUCUCUUGGGCCUCCCUCAUCGCUGCCUUGGACCCGGCAAAGACAUACGCCGCAUGCCAGAAGAAGACGUCAAACCCUCUCGCAGGCUGCCCCCCAAACACCCUCUUCGUCAGCAAGAACUCGACCCGCGCAGACUUCACCUCCAUCCAGGCCGCCAUCGCCUCUCUGCCCAACAACACAACCCCCUAUACCAUCCUCAUCGCCCCCGGGAGCUACACGGAGCAGCUCAAUGUCACCCGCUUUGGACCCUUGACCCUGCUGGGCAUGUCGGACCGCCCCGCCUCGGGCGACCUCUACGCGGACGUGACGCUCAACACUACCGACUCCAAUGCCAACGACGUCCAGGUGUGGUGGAACGCCGCGAACCACGACGUCGCGUUCCCGGACAACGUCUACACGAGCGUGCUGACCGUCGGCCCUAACCUCAACGCCACCCUUACCGGCACCGGGCCCACCGGCUUCCCCGUCCCAGAGGAUACGCCCUUCGGCUGCGUCGACUUCCGGGCGUACAAUAUCGACUUCCGCAACGACGAGUACCCCUUCGCCAACGGGCCUGCGCAUGCCGUCGGCGUCAGCAGGGCCAACGCCGGCUUCUACUCCUGCGGCUUGUACAGCUACCAGGACACCCUGUAUGUCGGCAAGCUGGGCAACGCCUACUUCUUCGACAACGUGAUUGCGGGUCAGGUGGACUUCCUGUACGGUUUUGGCACGGCGUACAUUGAGAAGUCGACACUCUCGCUGCGCAACUGCGGAGGCGGCAUCACUGCCUGGAAGGGCACAAACACAACCUUUGAGAAUAAGUAUGGCGUUUACAUCUCCGACUCGCAGGCCAUCGCUGCAAACGCCUCCAUCGCCCAGACGAUCCGCGGCGACUGCCCCCUCGGUCGGCCCUGGAAUGCCCAGCACCGCUCCAUCUUCAUGGAGACCUACUUUGACGCGAGCAUCAAGCCGCAGGGCUACAUUCCCUGGCUCACGACAGAACCGCGCAUCAACAACUACACCUUCAUGGCCGUCUUCAACGACCGCGGCCCGGGCUGGACGCCUGAGCAGAUGGUGGCAAGCAACGUCACCAAGGUGCUUGAUGAUGCGGCCGUGAAGCCCUACAGAAACCCCACCGACGUGUUCCAGACGGCUGAGGGCGAGUUUGGUUUCGUCUCGUGGAUCGACCAGAGUGUAUUGAGAACGGCAUGA